AUGGCGCUGUCCCUGGCCGGCGAGCCGGGCCCCACGACGGCCGGAGACGCUCUGGCGAUGAGCCCCGCCGGGCUGGCCGCCUACUACCCGCCUUUCCUGCCCCCCGCGCAGUACUUCGAGGCGACCCCCGACUUCUUGGAGCCCCUCAAGCCUCUGGGCAGGCUGCUCCCCUCCUCGCCUCCCUUACCCCCCUUCAGCAUCCCCGCUUUCCUCAGCCAGCCGGCCGCGCUGCCCGGAGAGCCCAUCCCCAGCCUUCCCCUACCCCCUUACUCCAAACCGCCGCCCCCUUCGGCCCCCUCGGUCCCCUCGGAGGGGUCCCCCCCGGGGCCGGGCACCCCUCGCCGGGCAGCCCGGCCGCCGGGGGGCGGCGAGGCGGCGGGGCAGAGCCGCAGCUACCGCUUCACCGAGGAGGAGCUCAACGCCGUGCUGUACGGGGCGCUCCGCAGCAGCCAGCUGGCCGGCAGCCUGCACGCCAUCUCGGGGCUCAGGGUGCCCCCCGGCAGCCCGGGUAAGGGUGGCCCCGCUGGGCGGCGGGGACCGUCCGACCCCGGAGGGGAAGGGGCGGGGGGCAGGAGCCGCUGAAGAAGGGGUCCCUCUGCUCUCCGCAGGUGCUGCCCACUCCUCGUCGGCCCCGCCGCCGCCCGACAGGGACUCGCUGCAGCUGCCCGAAGGUAGGGGAAGCCCCCCCCGAGCCCCCCUCGCCGCGCCGCGGCUCAGCCCUUCUCAGCCCGGCCUGUCCCCCCCCCCGCAGGGCUGGCGGUGCUGCGGGUGGCCUACGGGGACCUCGCCCACCUCGGAGUCUUCUGCACGGACCCCAUCCCCAAAGGAGUCCGCUUCGGCCCUUUCCAAGGCAAAGUGGUCAACACCACCGAGAUCAAGACUUACGACGACAACUCGCUGAUGUGGGAGAUCUUCGAGUACGGGCAGCUGAGCCACUUCAUAGACGGCAAGGGCGCCUCUGGCAACUGGAUGUCCCUGGUGAACUGCGCCAGGUUCCCCGAGGAGCAGAACUUGACGGCGAUCCAGUGCCAGGGGCAGAUCUUCUAUGAGAGCUGCAAGGAAAUCUUGCCGAAGGAGGAGCUGCUGGUGUGGUACGGGGACUGCUACGUGCAGUUCCUGGGCAUCCCCAUCAGCCUGAAGGGCAUGCCGGAGGGGAUGAGACCCCCGCCGCACCCCGAAGACGCCGGGGAGAGCUUCAAGUGCGAGCGGUGCGGGAAGGUCUUCGCCUACAAGUACUACCGGGACAAGCACCUCAAGUACACCCGCUGUGUGGACCAGGGGGACAGGAAAUUUCCUUGCCACCUUUGUAGCCGAUCCUUUGAAAAAAGGGACAGGCUGAGGAUCCAUAUUCUCCACGUUCACGAGAAGCACAGACCUCACAAGUGCUCGGUGUGCGGGAAGAGCUUCUCUCAGUCCUCCAGCCUGAACAAACACAUGAGGGUUCACUCUGGGGAGCGCCCCUACAAAUGCGUCUACUGCAACAAGGCAUUCACAGCCUCCAGCAUCCUGCGCACGCACAUCCGCCAGCACUCUGGAGAGAAGCCCUUCAAGUGCAAGCACUGCGGCAAAGCCUUCGCCUCGCACGCCGCCCACGACAGCCACAUGCGGCGCACGCACAGCAGGGACAAGGGCGGCACUUGCUCGCUGUGCGGCCAGCACUUCCCCGAGCAGGAGGAUUACCACUUCCACAUGAAGAGCCAUGCUGCUCAUUAG